AAGGACGCGGCGGUCAAAUGCGAGGGUCUGUACAUAUAUCCUCCCUCCAUUCUUUUCAUGCCCCCCCACUCUCGUCGAGGGCAAGGCGACGAGUCCCGAUGCACAGGGCAACAAUUUUUACUUUUCGAGUCCCGAACCGUUGACCUGAUCGCUAGAGAUCAUCGCCCUUUUCAGUAAUCUUUUGGUGGCCUUUCCUUCCUGUUCUCUCUUUUAUUAAUAAACUCUACGUCUACGAUUGUCUUUAGUUUUCUUUUCCCACGCAACGCGAGGGAAAGAGGAAGAGAGUGGAAAAAGCGGGGCUGGGAUAGUGGAAGUGGAAUGAGAGAGGGUGGAGAGUGGACCCUGCGGCAACAUCUCUCUCUCUCUCUCUCGGGUCAAGGGCGGACGUUGUGUGAAGAAAGGGAAUCGUAUGUGAUGUUCCCCUGCUGAGUAGCACCCUUCCACGAGACGAGGUAGGCCCACCUCGGGAAGUGCCAUUACCUCCUCAUUCUCUCCACCCAAUUGUUAGCCUGCUUUCCACUUACCAACAGUUUCUUGUUCCUUCUUCUCCGUUGACCCAAUUUGGCUUUCCUUGUUAAUCUUGUGAGACUUUCAAGUGGUCGCCAUCGUCGCUUGCUCUCUCAUCUUCUUACUGUUCACGCUGUUAAUCGAACGCCUCUAGUGCAGUGCGGAGACCUAGCUCGCCUUCCUAAUUUUCCUUACGCCCAAAUUUCUGUUGCUGUGCGGAGGCUUUCUUUUAGAUGUUCUUCCAGAGCUCUGAGGGAGUUAUGGUCCGUUGGACCACUAAAAUGAGGGGCUUGAUGCUUCUUUUGGCGAUAGUUCUGAUCGGUAUCGUUGUUUUUCGACGACGGACAAGUGUCAACUCCAUAACGAGAUCUUCUUGCUUCUGUUCUUAUUCCGCGUCAGCGUCAGGAUUUGCAUCUUCAGUCGAUUAUGAUUUUGAGCACUGUGAAAAUAUCGUCUUGCGUUGGGUGGAUUCCUCUGUCAAUGAUGGGACAGAAGAAAACAAAUCCGAUUUGCAGGACUUGCUUUUCUUCCUACACGUGCCCAGAACUGGGGGUCGGACGUAUUUCCACUGCUUUCUGAGGAAACUCUACACAAGUGAUCAAGAAUGCCCCCGCUCAUAUGAUAAACUGCGAUUUGAUCCAAGUAAACCAAAUUGUAGACUAAUGGUUACACAUGACGACUAUAGUGUCAUGUCCAAAUUGCCCAGGGAAAAAACUUCAGUGGUGACAGUAUUGCGAAAUCCACUGGAUCGAGUAUUUAGCACAUAUGAAUUCUCCGUGGAAGUUGCAGCUAGAUUUCUUGUACAUCCUAACUUAACUUCAGCCACUCAAAUGACUCACAAGUUACGCUCUAAGUCACGAGGAGUAAGUACCUUGGAUAUAUGGCCGUGGAAGUAUUUGGUACCAUGGAUGAGAGAGGACCUAUUUGCACGGAGGGAUGCUAGAGGAAAUAGAAGGAUAAUGAAGGAAGCUGAAGAUCCUUACAACAUGGGAGAAAUUGUUAUGCCCUUACGUGCUUUUAUCAAUGACCCUCUUGCCCAUGAGAUAAUUCAUAACGGUGCAACUUUUCAGGUAACAGGGUUGACAAACAAUUCUUGCUUAGCUGAGUCACAAGAAAUUAGGCGCUGUGUCAGAGUGCACUCCUCUCUUGGAAAAUAUAUACUUCAUGUUGCAAAGAAAAGAUUGGAGAGGAUGCUGUAUGUUGGACUUACCGAGUACCAUAAAGAGUCAGCCACAAUGUUUGCAGAUGUUGUUGGUGCACAAGUACUUUCCCAGCUACAAGUGCUAGCAUCUCAGCCUGAAGAAGCUGCUAACAACAGGACAGAACCAGGCUCUUUGAUUAAUGAUUCUGAAAUCGAAGAUUUGAGUCACCAGCAGAAUACUAGUGAUGAUAAUAUUCUGCGCAAUGUUUCUUCUGGGAAUUCCACCGUGACAAAUCAAAAUCAGAUGACUGUUGGAAGACUAAUGGAGGCAUAUGAGCAGUGCAUCUCCAGUUUACGCAAAUCGCAAUCUGUUCGACGAACAUCAUCUCUGAAAAAAAUUUCUCCUGCAAACUUUACGAAAGAGGCACGGCUUCAUGUACCUGACAGUAUUAUACAGCAGAUUCUGUCAUUUAAUAGUCUCGAUGUAGAGCUUUAUAAGCAUGCACAGAAAAUCUUCAGCGAACAGCGGGAACUCUUCAUGCUAAAAAACAGUGAAAAGGGAAAUCAACUGCAUGAUAACAUGUUCGAUUGGUUGCCUAAAAGAGUUUUGAUUGUCAUCAUACUGCUCUCCCAUCUCUUUGUUUUCUAUCUUGUAAAUGUGCGGCGGAGAACUUUGAAAUUGAAAGUAUAAGUGUUGAGCAGCGAAACCGAAAGGCAUCUUGCUGUUCAGUUUUCUAUGUAGGGUCCGUAAUUCACAAUUUGUGCCAUUAUUGUGUCUUUCAUCAGCAUAAGAAACGUAUAUGACUUUAUGGUGAAGCUUCACAGCGUGGUCCACAAGAAGGGGUGGCUGGCAAUUUGAGUGGGUUAGCAACUAUGGCUUUUGUAGCAGCUGUGGUGUUUUAUAGAUUUCAGAUAUCCUUUUUUUAGGGUUCAUCGAGUUUGGUGGAUAAUGAGAUGCAUACUGCCAAAGACUAGCUGUUCAUCUCAUAUCCUUGAAUGGGGAACAGUCGCUUAAAUUUCAAGCAGAAGAAAUUCCUUGGCACAGGCAUGGAAUCAGGCAAAGAGUUAAGUGUGCAGCCACGGAAUCAAGCAAGGAUUUGAUUUAAUCUGUUCUCAAUGUACUUGGGAACAAGAAAUAACGUAAUUUUUUCACGUCGGCCCUUUCUUCAGCUAUUGAGGACCUGUCACUUGGGCUGAUGCAUGGGGAUUCCUAGAGCACAAUGUAAAUUUUGAACUAUUUUUACUUUUCUUCGUAUUGUACAGAAAUACGAGCUUCAAAAUACCAUUCUUGGUAUAAUAUAUUCUUUUAUUCGACCAAA